CUCUCUCUCUCUCUCUCUCUCUCUCUCUCUCUCUCUCUCUCUCUCUCUCUCUCUCUCUCUCUCAUACUCACUGUUAUUCCUCCCUUCAUAAUUCCAUCUAUCUGUCAGCUUCCCUCCCUCUGCCUUCCGUUUUCUCUCUUCUGUUUUCUCUUCUUUCUAUUCCUCUCUCGUUCCCUUUCCUUCAAUCCUUUCCUUUGACUCUUCUUUAUCGGACCUUCAUCUUCCCAUACCCCCCUUUUAUUCAUUUUCUUUUAAUUGGCUGUGCUGAGUGUCUGCGCGGGGUUCCUCUCCUCUACUCUGUCUCCUCUCUUCGCGAAACAAGGGGAGAGAAAGAGAGAAGAUAAGGAAAGAAGAAAGAGAAAAAAGUACGAAAAUCACACAAGCAAAAGAAUGUAGGUAAAUCAAAAGGAAAGGAAAAGAGAAGAAUGAGCAGAGUAGGAGAUAAAUAAUAUAGAAAAGAAGAAAAAGGGAGAGCAAGCAGGAAACAAGACACACGAAAAGGAAGAUAGAGAGAGAGCAAUAAAACAUACAAAGAGAAAGAGAGAGAGCGAUAAAGCAGACCGAGAGGAAGACCGAGAGAGAGACAGAGGGAAGGGGAGGACCUCGAGGGCGAGAACAUGGCGUGCGGCGAAGGCGGGAGUCUCCAUUGCGUGCCCUCGGCGUACCUGCCUUGCUUCGCCCUGGGCGUGGUGGAGGAGGGCCGGGGUCGAGCCUCCGCCUCCAAGGUGUCCAAGAUAGCCGGGAUGUUCCAGGGCGGCGGCGGCGGCGGCGGCGGCGGCGGCAACGGUGGCGGAGGGGGCGGGGGCGGCGGCAGCGUGCGCGGGGUCGCGGGGGACGAUGACGCGGCCCCCGGCGGCUCCCAGGAGGCCAGUGGACCCCAGCACGCCACGGUCGUCCGCACGGAGUCGCACCUCGCCCGCUUCAACACGGCGCGCGCCCUCUUCGAGAAGAUGGGGCAGAGCGAGGGCGGCAUCGCGCAGCCGCCCCGCGCCGCCCCGUCGUCGGCCGCGCUCUCCGCCAGGGUUCCCCCGCCCGCAGGCUUCGGGGGCAAGGUGGGCGCCGGGCUGGCCAAGGCGCAAGACAAGGGCGAGAGCGAGGCGAAGAGGGCGGGCGUCACCGUGGGCCGUGUGGGCGCCGCCACGCAUCAGUUCGGGCGCCGGAGCGGCAGCGAGGAGCGCCCCGGAGGCCUUGGCUCCCGUGUCGGCCGCGGCGAGUCGCUGUCCCCCGCGCGGUCUCUUGGCGGCGCCUCCACCUCGUCCUCGCGCUCCGGGUCCCCCAGCCCCGCCCGCACCAACGGCCACGCCCACCACAGCGACCAGGACAGCGGCGGGGGCGGGCCCGGGGGAGGGACGGGGGCGGGGGGAGAACUAGUGGGCGGCCUAGCAGGGCUACGGCGCCCUGGCUCGUCCUCCAGUCGGUCGCUCUCCACCUCGAGCACGGAGUCGGAGCCCACGCCGCGCCGCUGGCCGCCCCACGCCGCCUCCUCCAGCGGCCGGCCCGCGGCGCCGCACCCCGCCGACGCCAGCGGCACGUCGUCCUCGUGCGCGGCCGCGCCCUCCCGCCCCGAGACCUUCAAGUCGGACCUGACCGCGGAGCUGCGGCGCGCUCCGAGGCCCGAGAAGCCCGAGAAGCCUGCCAAGCCCGAGAGCCUGGACCGGCGCGCGUCGACGCACGAGCAGCACCAGGAGCUGAUCGCGCGCCACAAGAACUGGUUUCAGUCGUUCUCCAAGAGCCGCUCUUCGCCCACGGCGUCGCCCUCCAAGCCCGACUGCAGGCCCACCUCGCCCUCCAAGGCCGCCGAGUGGGAGCCACGCCCCCCCUCGCCCUCCAAGGCGGACGGCAGGGGGCCCCAGCCGUCCAAGACCGACCUCAGAUCCCCGAGAGGCGCGGAAACGAACGAGGAGGCGGCGGCGGCGGAGAAGAAGGAGGAGGAAGGGCGAGGCGGAGGAGGAGGAGGAGGAGGAGGAGGAAAAGGCCUGGUGAGCGAGCAGGACGCCUGGUCAUCGGUCCUACAGAGUCGAUACGGCACGAAGGCCAAGGAUAUCCUCAGCCCCAGAGCACGCUCGGAAGGGGAGGCUACCGCAGAUUGGAGAAAAGAGCGAGCGGCCAUUCUAUCUGGUGAGUAACGAGAAUUCUUUGCUUACUUAGUUAGCUGGGUUCAACGUUAAAAAAGAACAAACGUAUACAUAUAUUUUCUUUGUCGGCGG